CCGGGUGCGAGAGGCGGCAGCGCGGGGCGGACGGAGCUGAGCGGAGCCCGAAGUCGGCCGGGGGACAGUGGGUCUGUGAGAGAGCGAAGAGCGGGCUUGGGGCCGCGAGCGCCGCUGUCACGCGAUGGGGAAGAAGCAGAAAAACAAGAGCGAAGACAGUGCCAAGGAUGACAUUGAUCUUGAUGCCUUGGCUGCAGAAAUAGAAGGAGCUGGUGCUGCUAAGGAGCAGGAGCCUCAAAAGUCCAAGGGGAAGAAGAAAAAAGAAAAAAAACGGCAAGAUUUUGAUGAAGAUGAUAUCCUGAAAGAACUGGAAGAAUUGUCUUGGGAGGCUCAAGGCAUCAAAGCUGACAGAGAAACCGCAGCAACAAAGCCAACAGAAAAUAAUGAAGAGGAAUCCUUCUCAAAACAAGAUAAAAAAAAGAAGGGACAGAAAGGCAAAAAACAAAAUUUUGAUGAGAAUGAUAGUGAUGAAUUGGAAGAUAAGGAUUCAAAAUCAAAAAAGACAGCAAAACCAAAAGUGGAAAUGUACUCUGGGAGUGAUGAUGAUGAUGAUGAUGAUGAUUUAAAAAAACUUUCUAAAAAAGCUAAAGGGAAAACUCAAAAAUCAAAUAAGAAGUGGGAUGGGUCAGAAGAGGAUGAGGAUAACAGUAAGAGAAUUAAAGAGCGUUCCAGAGUAAAUUCUUCAGGGGAAAGUGGUGAUGAUUCAGAUGAAUUUUUGCAGUCUAGAAAAGGACAGAAAAAAAAUCAAAAAAAUAAGCCAGGUCCUACUGUAGAGAGUGGGAAUGAAGAUGAUGACUCCUUCAAAAUUAAGACAGUGGCCCAAAAGAAGGCAGAAAAGAAAGAGCGCGAGAGAAAAAAGCGAGAUGAAGAAAAGGCAAAACUGCGGAAGCUGAAAGAAAAAGAAGAGUUAGAAACUGGUAAAAAGGAUCAGAGUAAACAAAAAGAACCUCAAAAGAAAUCUGAAGAGGAAAGUGUAAAAUCCAAGGUGACUCUUGAUACUGGAACAGCCCCUGCCUCUGAUGAGAAGGGAGAGGUGCCCAUAGCCGCUGAAGAUGACAAUGAAGCAGACAAAAAGAAAAAAGAUAAGAAGAAAAAGAAAGUAGAAAAGGAAGACAAAGAGAAGGAGAAGAAAAAAGGACCUAGCAAAGCCACAGUUAAAGCUAUGCAGGAAGCUCUGGCUAAGUUGAAAGAAGAAGAAGAGAGACAGAAGCGAGAAGAGGAAGAACGCAUCAAACGGCUUGAGGAAUUGGAAGCCAAGCGGAAAGAAGAGGAAAGAUUAGAACAAGAAAAAAGAGAAAGGAAAAAGCAAAAAGAAAAAGAAAGAAAAGAACGCUUGAAAAAAGAAGGGAAACUUUUAACAAAAUCUCAGAGAGAAGCCAGAGCCAGAGCUGAAGCUACCCUUAAACUUCUACAAGCUCAGGGUAAGUAUCUUCUAAUUAAGUAUAUACUAAUGAUUUUUAUUCAAUACUUAAGAGAGUAUCCUCACAAAAAUUAUAUACUGAAAAAUAUUAAUUUGGUUUCUGCCCUUCACUCAGCGUCUGAGCCAAUAGAAUUAAGUGCUGCUGUAGAAGUUGUGGAACAAGGUGUACCAGAAAAAGAAGAGUCACCACCUCCUGUUGAACCAGAAGAGGAGGAAGAAACUGAGGAAGCUGGAUUGGAUGACUGGGAAGCUAUGGUCAGUGAUGAGGAGAGAGAAAAAGAAGGAAACACAGUGCAUAUAGAAGUAAAAGAAAACCCCGAGGAAGAGGAGGAAGAGGAGGAAGAGGAUGAAGAAGAAGAAGAAGAGAGUGAAGAGGAAGAAGAAGAAAGUGAAGGCAGUGAAGGUGAAGAAGAGGAAGAAAAGGUGUCAGAUGAGAAAGAUUCGGUGAAAACAUUAGUUAAAAAGCCAAGUAAAGAAUUGAGCUCAGAAUCUGAAUAUGACUCUGACGAUGAUCGAACUAAAGAAGAAAGAGCUUAUGACAAAGCAAAACGGAGGAUUGAGGUAUUUAUUGUUCCCUUUUUCUUUGCUCCUUUCCUCCACAGUCCUCCUCUGUGGUCCUUAGAACUGUAUUCUACAACAGAGGCUUUUAUAUUGUCAACAAGUAUAGAUAAAUUUGACCGAGAGAACCUACGAAUCCCAGGAAUGCUGAUUAUUGACACCCCUGGCCAUGAGUCUUUCAGUAAUCUGAGAAACAGAGGCAGCUCUCUUUGUGAUAUUGCUAUUUUAGUUGUUGAUAUCAUGCAUGGUUUGGAGCCCCAGACAAUUGAAUCUAUUAACCUUCUGAAAUCUAAAAAAUGUCCCUUCAUUGUUGCACUCAAUAAGAUUGAUAGGCUGUAUGAUUGGAAAAAAAGCCCUGAGUCCGAUGUGGCGGCCACUUUAAAGAAGCAGAAAAAGAACACAAAGGAUGAAUUUGAGGAGCGAGCAAAGGCUAUUAUAGUGGAAUUUGCACAGCAGGGUUUGAAUGCAGCUUUGUUUUAUGAGAAUAAAGACCCCCGCACUUUUGUGUCCUUGGUACCUACCUCUGCACAUACUGGUGAUGGAAUGGGAAGCCUCAUCUACCUUCUCGUCGAGUUGACGCAGACCAUGCUGAGCAAGAGGCUAGCCCACUGUGAAGAGCUGCGGGCACAGGUGAUGGAGGUUAAGGCUCUCCCAGGAAUGGGCACCACUAUAGAUGUGAUAUUGAUCAAUGGACGUUUGAAAGAAGGAGAUACAAUUAUUGUUCCCGGAGUGGAAGGGCCCAUCGUAACUCAGAUCCGAGGCCUCCUGUUGCCUCCACCUAUGAAGGAGUUAAGAGUGAAGAACCAGUAUGAGAAGCACAAAGAGGUGGAAGCAGCUCAGGGCGUGAAGAUUCUCGGCAAAGACCUGGAGAAGACGCUGGCUGGCUUACCCCUGCUAGUGGCGCACAAGGAGGAUGAGAUUCCGGUGCUUAAAGAUGAAUUGAUCCAUGAGCUAAAGCAGACACUAAAUGCUAUCAAAUUAGAAGAAAAAGGAGUCUAUGUGCAGGCGUCGACACUGGGCUCUUUGGAAGCUCUACUGGAGUUUCUGAGAACAUCAGAAGUGCCGUACGCAGGAAUCAACAUCGGCCCCGUCCAUAAGAAAGACGUCAUGAAGGCCUCGGUGAUGUUGGAGCAUGACCCCCAGUAUGCAGUCAUUUUGGCCUUUGAUGUGAGAAUCGAACGGGAUGCGCAAGAAAUGGCUGAUAGUUUAGGAGUUAGAAUUUUUAGUGCAGAAAUUAUUUAUCAUUUAUUUGAUGCCUUUACAAAAUAUAGACAAGACUACAAGAAACAGAAACAAGAGGAAUUUAAGCACAUAGCAGUAUUUCCCUGCAAGAUGAAAAUCCUCCCUCAGUAUAUUUUCAAUUCCCGAGACCCCAUCGUGAUGGGCGUGACGGUAGAAGCAGGUCAGGUGAAACAAGGGACCCCCAUGUGUGUCCCCAGCAAAAAUUUUGUGGACAUUGGAAUAGUAACAAGUAUUGAAAUAAACCACAAACAAGUGGAUGUUGCAAAAAAAGGACAAGAAGUCUGUGUGAAAAUAGAACCUAUUCCUGGUGAAUCCCCCAAAAUGUACGGGAGACAUUUUGAAGCUACAGACAUUCUCGUCAGUAAGAUCAGCCGGCAGUCCAUCGAUGCCCUGAAAGACUGGUUCAGAGACGAGAUGCAGAAGAGUGACUGGCAGCUUAUUGUGGAGCUGAAGAAAGUAUUUGAAAUCAUCUAAUUUUUCCACAUGGGGCAAGAAUUAGAGUAAAUGCAAGAAAAACAGGAUAAAAAGUGGAAUGGACGUAUCUGGACACUGAUGCACUUAAGUACGGAAGGAAAAAAAUAGAUGUAUAAAAUGUUUUCCAUGAGAAACCAAGAAACUUACACUGGUUUGACAGUGGUCAAUACCUGUCCCACAGCCCCAAGGUGCCUGUCCACAUGCCCGCUCCUUCCCCACCCCUACCUGCUGCUGUUUUAAAGUUUGCCCUUCCCCAAAUUUGGAUUUUUAUUACAGAUCUAAAGCUCUUUGGAUUUUAUACUGAUUAAAUCAGUACUGCAGUGUUUGAUUAACCAAGCUUCUGCAGAUUUUGUGAUUCUUGGGACUUUUGAUGUAAGAAAUACUAUUUUAUUUAUGCAUCUCCUUCCCACAGUCAUUUUUUUCCCCAUCCACAUAUGCUCUUUGGAUUUUUUAAAAUAGAAAAUUAGGUAUUCUGGUAUUUCUUUAUCUGCUUUGUGUGAAACCAUGGUGUAGAGUGUAGCUGGCUGCUAUUGACUGCUUGUCUAGUCAUGAGUCCAUUGUAAUCAGCACAAUUCUGAACUCCAAUAAAGAGAACAUUCACUAGAAAGCUCUGCUAGGCCUUCGUGUUAGCGUAGCUUCUCUCCCCAUGAGUCUUCAGCUCUUUUCUUUUAAAGAUAAGAACUAUUUUAUGAACUGUCUCCAACCUUGUGUACCAGCACAUGUUAACAUUAGGAGUUUUUAUAUAAUAAUCUUGGUCUAUUUUGUCCUAGAAAGUCUAUCAUGCAUACAUUUUCUGAUUAGAAAAUGGAACUGAUAACUAUUUGGGCUCACUGCUUCUAAAUUGUCAUGGAGACGUCAUAAUGACUCAUUUAUACCAGUAAUCUGAUUAUAGCUAGUUUUAUGGUUUUCCUGCAAAGUGUGAGUAAAGAUUAAUUCCUGUAACAGAUCUCAAGGGUCUGACUACCUAUUUAUAACAGUGUCGGAUGAAGUCAGUGUAGGUGUUUGAAGAAAAUGUUCCCAAGUAAACUAUAUUUUUAAAGUGUUAUGGCAGAACAUAGCAUAAAAAUACUUCAUGUACAUUUGAAAACCUGUACCACUCGUCAUUAUUGCAGUUCCUCAAGGGCCAACAGAGGCAAGAAAAACACCUCUAAACACCUGUGGGGCAUAUUUUUCCCAGGAGAAACUUAAUCUUAAAUUGUGUGUUCUAAUUCACCACAUGUAAACGCCUCCACUUGGAAGAAGUAAAGAUGUUAACAGGC